UUUGCCCCUCCCCCCUUUUUGCCCCUCCCCUUUUGCCCCUCCCCCCAGGUGUUCCAGCGCCGCUUCAACGGCUCCGUCAGCUUCUUCCGCGGCUGGAACGACUACAGGGCCGGCUUCGGCCGCGCCGACGGCGAGUACUGGCUGGGCCUGCAGACCCUGGCCCUGCUGACCCUCCAGGCCCGGUACGAGCUGCGGGUGGAGCUCGAGGACUUUGAGAACAACUCGGCCGCGGCCACCUACGGCUCCUUCGCGCUGUCGCCCACGGCCAUCAGCCCCGAGGAGGACGGCUACGCCCUGCACGUGGCCGGAUUCGUGGACGGCGGCGCCGGCGACUCUCUGAGCUACCACAACGGCCAGAAGUUCUCCACCUUCGACCGCGACCAGGACCUGUUCGCCCAGAACUGCGCCGCGCUCUCCUCGGGCGCCUGGUGGUUCCGCAGCUGCCACUUCUCCAACCUCAACGGCUUCUACCUGGCCGGGCCGCACCUGUCCUACGCCAACGGCAUCAACUGGGCCCAGUGGAAGGGCUUCUACUACUCCCUCAAGCGCAGCGAGAUGAAGAUCCGACGGCUCUGAGGGGGCCACGCCCCCUCCCCCCGGCCACGCCCAGGCCGCGCCCUCUUCUCCGCGUUGACCCCGCCCCUCAAUAAAGAGCCAGCGUUGAUUGAUCGGCGA